AUGGACCACUCGAUCUCUCAAAAGGAAUUAGAUGAAUUUCGGGAGAUGUUCGACCUUGUGGACACGAACCACAGCGGCCGCAUCACACGUGGGGAACUGCGAAAACUGUUAAAGACACUGCAGCUGCGCCCCACGGAGCAGGAAUUGGAGCAAAUGUUUUCUGAUGCCGAGGCGAAUGAGUCGGCCAAUGAGAUAAACUUUGAUGAGUUUGUAGCCCUGAUGUCCAGGCGUGUCCAGUCAGACUACACGUUGGAACAGCUGCGAAAUGCCUUUAAGCUUUUUGAGACGGAAGACAUGCCGCCUGGCUAUGUUUCGAGGGAGGUACUGGAGCACGCCCUUGUGUCUUACGGCACAGAGAAACUCACUCACGAUGAGGCGACACGCCUAUUGGCUGCGGUAGAUCCUGAAGGAACCGGCAGGAUCAACUAUAUUGAGUUUGUGUCCCUGGUGGGUGGCGGUGACCCCUGA